AUGCCUUCACCAAAGCACACCGCGCAUCUUCCACUUAUUGCACCGAAAGAUGAUGCCGUGGUGAGAUCGUCCGAGUCCGGAGCUAAAUCAGGAACCGCGGAUGAGCAGAAACUGAAAAUGCCUGUUCGAGUCCGUUUGCCUCCAAGAUCCAGGACUGGGUGCUGUCCAAGGUUAGCGUUUCGGGACGAUACAUACAGAAUCAAACAUCGUAUGCAGGCCGUUUCCACUGCUGGAAAUGCAGUCUGGGACCCAACAUCGCCAAGUCUGACCGCGAGUAGCCCAAACUCGUCCAUCGGAGGAGAUACGCUACCCCCAUUCGCGUGUUUAACAUCUGACUUGGAACGAGAGAUGAAAGCUGAGGCAUAUUCUCCGGGCACCUAUCACGUUAUUGUGAACCCAGAGAGUUUUUCAUCGCUGCCUGAAUAUUCCGACACAACUGACAACACAUCCAUGUCGAGUUCUCCUGGCUCUGGUAAGGACGAUACCACCAAUGCCGGUAGUAGGAAGAGAGGCAGAAAACACAAUAGGGAUAAUUCUUCGUUGACAGAAACGGGUGACCCGAAUGUGGUCAUUCUCUCGAAAUUCGAGGACUCCAUUCCAAUCUCAUCCCCUGGCCACUGGAGGACUAACAUGAGGCAGUCCCCGUCGAGGUCGAGUACGUCUGGGUCCAAGUCCUCUGCGGAAUUGGUUGAUGAAGUGCCUGUUCAGGAUCCCGUGGAAUCAUUUGAUCAAUCAUACAUAGAUACCACGGAACAGUAUGUGGAAGAUACAAGACUACUUUUGCAUUUUAGGAGAGUGGUCUGGAGCCAUCUCGUGCAAACAGCUUCUCGCUGUGAAUCUCCAGUCUAUGACGUUUGCAAUGCUCCUGGCUCAGAUAUCUUUGAGCAGGAGGCGGCCACUUUUCGCCCGUUGUUCCACGCCAUGAUGGCCGUUUCUGCUCUGAGCUUGUCCCAUCAAGGGAAGGGCCAAAGCAUCGCUGCUCUACAACACUAUCAGCAAACUCUUCCUUUCUUACAAACCAGUAUGCGCAGCCAUCAAGAUCUCUCCUCGGAUGGAGUGUUCCUCACCCAUUUCUUGCUCCUAAUUUACGAGAUAGCUGCAGCUGAACCAGGAGGGUCCAACCUCUGGUCCCACCAUCUGGAACGACUGUUACGAAUCAUCUUAAUGCGAAAUGAGAUUUUUAAGACAGAAAAAUUCCCUUUUAUCAUCUGGUGGGUUUGUUCCAUCGACUUAUAUGCGUUAUUCAGCGGUACAGGAACGGGAGAAUUCAUUGCGACGGUCUUGAAAAACGACAUGAUCCCAUCUCCAGGAUACCAUCUCUACCCGCUCGGCCAGGAUGGGACAAGCGUUAUCUAUCCGGAGGAGAUGGAUAUACUUCCCACCAUCCUGCAGCUUAACCAUGACAUAUUCGUCCUGGCGGUCCGCCUGGGGCUGCUGGCAUCUGAAUUCCGUACACAGAGCGCCUAUGCAAAUGGAGCAUUAAUUAAUAACGCAAAUUCAAGUGGUUCCCAUGUAUUCCCUCCUCAAAUGCUUGACGAUAGGGAAAAGCGCCUAUUUGAAAUCCAGCAAGCACUACGGCAUUUAUGGGAGACUUCUAAUCUUGCUAUCUUGGAACAACAAAUGGAUUUGCUCCCCAGUCGGUCGAAGGAGAUGCUUCAACAUGCCACCACUCUCUUCCACGCCAGCCUCAUCUACUCAUAUACCAGCAUGUGGUCUAGCCAAAGCAUCGAGACCGGCGGUGGCCCCGCGCUCGAAAUUUCCCAACGGACCACCGCCAUCCUCCACGUUGCCUCGAGUAUCGUACACGCAGGGCGUUUUGAUCUGCGCUUCAUCGUUUUCCCGCUGUUCAUGGCGGGUGUGGCGUCCUCGUCCAGCUCGCAGAAAAUGCUCGCGCUGGACUUGCUUUCUGGUAUUGAGGGGAAUGAGUCUGUUGGUCGCAACGUUACGACGACGAGACAUGUACUGCAGAUUGUGUUCCAGAGACAGACGGAGGGAUACAUGCGGAAGGGACAUGCGUUGGAUGUGGAUUGGAUGGAAAUUAUGAUUGAACAAGGCCUGCAGAUGGUGAAUUUUGGGCUAUGA